UUAUGAGUAUGAAAAACAUUAAAUGUUUGAAAAUGCUUAUAACUUACUGAAAAUUAAAAUAUCGUAAAAAACAUCAAAGGAAUAUAGAUAAUGUUCUUACCUAAAAAUUUGAUAAUGGGACAAUUCACUCCAUUAUCAUAACUGAAACUACACUAUUGAAACUGGCAAACAAAAAUUUAUUAUGUAGUACACGUGUAAGACGGAGACAACACAUGCAGGUGCAACGUUCUUUUAAAUAAGUAGACACAAGGUUGAAAUGUAUUAAUUUUUCAUUCAUCUGAAUCGUUUUCAGCAGGUGUCCCCUUUUCCCUGAGUAUUAAAUGCAUCUGAAUAAUAUUAUAGUGUCGAUGUUAGAAUAUUAAAAUAUAAUAAUAUUGCUACAAGGUUUUGAAGUUGUUAAGUCUUUUACAAUAAAAUAAAAUGUUAGAUUUUUUUUAUAACAACUGUAUAUUUUAUAUAUUUCAGUUAACAUUGGGACCACACAGCUAUAACCUAAAAUGUUGGACAUAUAUUUUAAAUAAUUAGCACUUGGUAAAAUACACAGUAGUUGUACCCAUGGCUAUUGUUGCUAUGGAAAUAUGUGUACAAACAAAUAAUUAGUCAUCAAUGCCUAUUACUUAACCACAUUUGAUAAAAUAAUUUUAUUUUAGCUUGUUGUGGGGGUGAGGUGAUGGAAUAAGUAAUUACGGAUUAGUUUUGAACAAUAUUGUGUUGCUGGUGUUGUAUAAUUUAUAUUUGUGGUUUGUGUUGUAAUCAUAAUAUUUUUUUACGUAUUAAAUAUAAGACAUGGUACUAUAACUUGUGUAAAUAAAUACCUACACACUUAUUUUUAAGAGUUAUUUAUUUUCAAUUGUUGAGUUAAAAAUGCGUUUCAAAUCAACAAUAAUAAAAGAUUCUGAGGAUCACUUUGUUGUUUGCAUUGGUUGGACUGGAAACGAUGAAAUUAUAAUCGGAAGAAACGAUUCAACAUUAUCAAAAUGGAGCCAAACCUCAAAAGAAAGUAUUAAAUUAUGCGACUUUUCUGAUGAAUCGUCGUAUCCUAUAGAUUUACACAUAUUAUCUAGUACUCAGAGGCUCACGAACAAGAAUGCAGGAAUUGAACAAAUCCUUAUAACUUCAUCAAAUGGCAAGUUACAUUUAAUGAGCAAAACAUCUAAAAUUGAUAAGACCGUAGACGCCCAUGAAGGUAAUGUAACGGUCGGGAAAUGGAGUCCUGAUGGUUCUACUUUAUUAACAGCUGGCGAGGAUGGAUCUAUAAAAAUUUGGUCUCGUAUCGGUAUGUUGAGAACAAAAUUAGUCGUAAAUGCUGAGCCAAUAUUGUCGGCCGACUGGAAUUCCGAUUCAUCUAAAAUUGUGUAUACUCAACAUGAUACACUUUGUAUUAAAUCAUUAAAAGCGAAUAUUAAAACUAUUAGAAUUCGAGGCCAUAGUGAUCUUAUACUCAAAGUGUCGUGGUGCAGAGCCAACGAUUUGAUUGUGUCAGGGGGCGAAGAUUGUUACUAUAAGAUUUGGGAUUCAUAUGGAAAUUCUGUAUUUGUGAGUGAAAAACUCACACAUCCAGUAACAUCUCAUUGUUGGAAGUCGGAUGGAAAUUUGUUAGUUGUUAGCUUUUACAAUACCAUUCUAAUUUGUAAUCAAUACGGAGUAGUUUUAUCGACAAAUUAUGUUGAUUGUGGAAGCAUUUGUACUCUUUGUUGGUCGCCGGAUAGUACUCAAGUAGCUGCUGUGUGUGCUAAUGGAAGACUAAUGGUUUCUACUUUGGUGGAAAGAAGUAUUUCGAGACGAAAUUUUCAUUGUUUGAUUACAUCACGGAAAACAAUGGCUGUUAAGGAUGUAUUAAACGAAACUAAAGAAAACCUCGAUUUCCCCGAACGUAUCGUUCAUGUAGCUAUGGAAUACAAUCAUUUAAUAGUAACCACUUGCACGCAGUGUUUUGUUUAUCAAAUGCCAAACCUAAACACUCCUCAAAUUAUCAAUUUAAAAGACACAAACGUGUUUAUGAUAAUUUUAACUGAAAAGUAUUUUGCUAUAUUAUCAAUAAGCCGAGUAGACAUUUACACGUUUGACUGUAAAUUGGUUUCGUCUCCUAAGUGGCCGAGUAUGCAAUGUGACGCAGUUCAAAGGAAUCACGUAUCUAUAUCUGAUCAUAUAUUGGCCGUAAGAGACCAACUGAAUGACAAAAUGAUACACGUUUUUGAAAUAGCACCGUUGAUUGCAUUACCUACAAUUAAACACGAAUUUGCAGUUACUGAUGUACAGUUGAUGACCACCAAGUUUCAAGAUAAACGUUAUUUGGCGUUGAUCGAUUCGAAUAUGAACAUAUUUAUCGUCCAUAUAGGACACAAGGACUGUGCUAAGACCUACAAACUUGGUUCAAUGUUUCAUAGCAUGUGCUGGAACAAUCAAACAGAAUCGCUGGCUGCGUUGCAAUAUACAAAUCUAAUAGUGUGGUAUGACCCUUUACUGUUAUUGAAUGACCAAAUCCUUGUGCGGAAGUCGCUAGAAAAAAGUGAUUUAAGUUUAUAUGGUAAUAAAUUUAACAUCGAGUUAUACGAAGACAAUAUGGUGAGUUUAAUCAACACGGACGGCGUAAAAAUAUUCAUUCAGGUGUCUCCUUACUUGGAAGCUAUGAAGAAUUACAUCGGUGCGAGUAAAUGGAUGGAAUGUCGAAUCGUAUGCCGAGAGAUGAAGAAUGAAGCAAUGUGGGCACUUCUAGCCGGCUCUGCUGUGUUGGCUAAACAGCUUGACACUGCUGAGGAGUGUUUUCUUGCUAUCGGACAGAUCGAGCGAGCGACAUAUAUCCAACACAUAAAGACGAUAUCUGAUAGAACAGUACAAGAGUCAUCACUAGCUUUGCUAUCUGGAAAAACAUCGGAAGCCGAAUCCAUUUUACUCAGAAACGGAUCCACAUUUAAAGCUAUUAUGUUUAACAUACAUAUACAUAAUUGGAGUAGAGCUUUGGAAUUAGCAGUAAAACAUAAAAAAUAUCUAAACAUGGUUAUUUAUAAACGAAGAAAUUAUUUAGAAUUUUACAAAAAAGAAGAAACAAAUGAAAAGUUUUUAAAAUACUCUAAUGUUGAAAUUGAUAACGACGAAAUCUUGAAAGAAAUCGAAGAAGAAAAUCAACGAUUGUAAAAUACAAAAUAAUUUUAUGGUGUACAAAAUAAAUGUUUGAAUAUAUUAAUGUAUCUGUAUUAGGUAUUAUAUCUUAUUAAUAACCAUAAAGUUUGGAUUUUC